GUUUAGAGGAUUACUGGAACUGGGGAAACAAAGAGGCACAUAGCAGAGGUGUAUGUUCAUUUUAUCCACAUUAUAAACAGCUCUAGCAGCUUCGUCGUUAUUCUGCCACUGAAAUACAUAUGUACAGAUAUAAGAAUGUAUACAUCUGCACCCUGGUAUACACGUAUGGAAAAAGAAGAAAAAACAGUGGUUAUGGCUCAUGCCCGUAUUUCAGCCAGCCUCCCACCCAACAUUGACCCAACAAAAACACCUAUUGCAUUUGGGGAGAGAGCACUGCCUAAACUAAAUGAGGAGCUGCGAAGCCCACAACUUGUAACCCGUCAGCGAGCACUCAUGGCUCUUUGUGAUCUUGUCCAUGACCCUGAGAUUGCCUACCAGGCAAUUAACACUGGAUGUUUGCUGAAUCUAAAAUUCCUCCUGAAAGAUGAAGACAACACUAUCCGCCAGAAAACCACAGAGAUCCUCUAUUUGCUGGCCACACAUAGUGUGGGAAGAUAUGGGUUUCUACAAUUUGGCAUCGUUGUGGCACUUUCUAAACUGAUAGAGGAACCUGUGAACAUAUGUCGCUUGAAUGUGCACCGUGCUCUGGAGAUGACGUCCGAAUUUCCUCAAGGUGGAAAUUUAACACCUAUCACUGUAAGAAUUGAUUGA